AGUAUUUGUUGAUGGUUUGAUGCUAUCGUGCCACCAUAAAAAGUAAGGGAAACUUGCAACUUGAAACUUGGUCUUUGUGAAAACCAAGAAAAGAACACUUUGUUUCAGUGUCUAAGUGACUCAAAGUCUUCCACCAAAAGAUGCCUGACUUGAAAGAAAAGGUGGCCAUCAUCACAGGUGCAAGUUCUGGCAUCGGGAAGGGGACAGCUGUGGAAUUUGCUCAGCUGGGAGCGCACCUGGCUCUGACUGGGAGAAACCAGGAAAACCUGCAGGCCACAGCAAAGGCCUGUGUGGAGGCAGGGACUCCAGAAGACAAGAUCCUGCUUGUAAUAGGAGACAUCUGCGAAGAACAAGUGCAGAAAAACCUGGUGGAACAAACUGUCCAGACGUUUGGCAAGAUAGAUGUGCUGGUGAACAGUGCAGGAAUUGCCCACCUGGCAAGUAUUGAGACAACAGACAUGGCGGAGUAUGACAAACUGAUGAACGUUAACGUUCGCAGUAUGGUGGCCUUGACUCAGUUAUGUGUGCCACACCUCAUAAAAACUAAAGGUUCCAUUGUGAAUGUGUCCAGUGUUAAUGGCAUGCGAGCGUUUGCUGGACUUCUGGCCUACUGUAUGAGCAAGUCAGCUGUGGACCAGUUUACAAGAUGUGUUGCACUUGAACUAGCUUCCAAGCAAAUCAGAGUCAACUCUGUCAACCCUGGCGUGAUCAUAACAGAUGUGCACAGGAGGGCUGGACUUGAUGAAGAAAGAUAUGCCAAGUUUCUGGAACAUUCUAAGACCACCCAUGCCCUGGGGAGGGUCGGAGACGUUUCCGAAGUUGCGAAGACCAUCGCCUUCCUGGCCUCGUCAGACGCGUCCUUCAUAACCGGCGCCCAGGUCCCCGUGGACGGGGGAAGGCACGCCAUGUGUCCCCGUUAACUUUGUUAUGAGUUUUUCCCUCAAAUAGUGUUGGGUUUCUAAAAAAAAUGCUGAUUUGGUCAUGCUAGCAUUGCUUGGAUUGUAUGUAUAUGCAUGGAUGGAUUUCCUCUGUGCAAAACACAUUAUUGAGCAUAGCUGCAUCACACAUACCAAGCAAGUAGAAAAGUUGAGCUUGUAUUUUCUUAAAGUGUGAGUUCAAGCGCUAAGUGCUUUGUAGUUAUAUCAAUAUAUUUCUAGGGUAAACGUAUAAGGAUGGCACAAGAAAAAUUUGCUGAUGUUGAAACAGUGUAUUAUGUAGAAAGUACACCAGUUUUUGAUUUAGAAAAAUGACAUAUGCAUAUGGAGCUUUAAAAAGCAGUAAAGUUUAUUUAUAGGAUAUGUACAGCAUUAGAAAAAUGUCAUUCGGCAAGCAAACGGAUAUUGUUUACCUUCACUUGGUCUAGCCUAACAAACUACAGUUAAGUUUUAUUUAUUCUCACACAAAAACAUUCAUAUGCGAGUAUUUUUUGUUACCAGCCAAUAUCAGUGAAAACAUGAUUCAGUACCAAGGACAGGGAUAGCCAUAUCCAUGUGAACAUCAUCAAG